AUGUCAACAGUAAUCGUGGAUUGCGUUCGCUUGGACGGACGAGCUCCCCAGCAGCCGGCCACCGAGUGCCCGAGAUUAAUCUUCCAGCUUCAAGAACAACUUAAUACAAUGAAGCGUCAACUGACUGAGAAGGAAGAGUUAAUUGCCACCCUGACUGCCGCAAGGAGUUGGAGCAGGUUGGAAGCUCAAAAGGGAACCUUUGAACCAAUGGUGGAAACUCCAGUCUUACGUGAACAACUGAAUCACUAUCGGGUGGCAUCUGAAACAGCUCGCAGUGAACUGGCUGCACUGCAGGUCAAAUAUAAGAGCAGUCAGGCUGAGCUUACAGAUAUUUGUAUGAGACUUGCAUCUCGGGAAGGCUAUAUCCAGGAGCUAAAGGCAGAAGUUGAAAGCUACAAGGUGGACAACACAAGGCAGCAAUCGCUCAUCGGUUGCUUGAGAGAAAGGAUUCUGGAAUCUGAGGAGAAGUCUGGAACACUUCUUACUUCAAAGACCGAAGCAGAAGUAACUUUGGAGGUCUUACAAAAUGAGAGCAGGGAACUCCAACAGAGGAAUACAGAAUUAGAGAGCAAACUUAGAUCAGCGCUACCCAAACUUUGUGACUCCCUUUUAAUGUUUCAUACUUCGUGUGACUGUGGGGAGGAUGGGCUCUUUUCUUCUCCGCCGAUGCUGCCAGACGUGCUGAGUUUUUCCAGGAAAUAUUUAACAGAAUGGGAAGAGGCCAAGCGGGAAGACAUGAGAAGAAUGAAAGAACAUGAUGAAUUUUUGGAGAAGCUUACCCGUGCCAUGAACGUAGGUUCUAGAGGAGCAGAACAUCACCUGGAUUUACUGGUGUCACAGGUUGGAGAGGUGUACAAGGAGAACGCCAAGAAAAAUUUCCAAAUUAGAAGCUUUGAGGAGACCAUCAGUGCCCAUGACAUGGAGUCGAAGGCUAGCCGGGAAACUAUCAUGAGACUUGUUUCUGAGAUGGAAAGGGAACAGAAAGCUGUUGUGUCCUAUGUGCAGGAAUUGGACACUAUCCGUAAGGAAUUAGACAACGCACUGAAUGCUAAACAGCACUUUGAAAGAGAGAACAGAAUCCUACAGGACAGGCUGGAUUCAACGCAAAGAGCUUGGGAAGCCUCAAAGUUAGAGCUAGGAAGCUGGGAACAACGUUCCAAAGAGCUGGAUGGGAGUUUACUCACCAGUGUGUGUGAGGCCAAAACGGUUCAUAGUCAAUUGGAGGCAUUCAAGCACCAACUGGCAUCUCUGCUCAGCAAAGCAGAUGUGAUAGUUCAACCCACUCCAGAAGCUAUCAGAGAAAGAAUCUGUGAACUUUGUAACAGUGAGGACAGCAACAAAAGGACAGCUUCGCGGCUGGAGGAGAACGCAACCAAACUGGCAGAGCAGCUGGAGAAGCAGGUGGACCUGCAUCAAGCCGCACUGCAGCGCUCCACAAAGGCAGAGCAGAGGCUGUUAGAGCUCCAGGAGAAAGUUCGGUACCUGGAGGGGAAUCUGCUAACUGGAGAUGUGCUUUAUGAUAGCUUGAGCCAGGACAAACAGAAAUAUCUCAAAUUCUUGGAGGACAUAGCAGAGAAGAUGAAGCUGGAGAGCAUGACAGCAGAGAUUGGCUUCGAUAUGCAGCUGGAUGCUAUUCUUGCCCGAGCUGAUCAGCUGGUCAAAAUGGAGAAUGAGGCCAUAAUUGAGAACAAAACCCUUACAUAUGACCUGAAGAGAAAGCUUAAAGCCCAGAAAGAGAAGUUGGUUAGCAAAGAGCUGCAUAUGGACAUGCUGAGGAGAAAAAUUACACAACUGGAUGUGGAGAAACAGACACAAACUGCACUGGCAGUGGAGAGGGACGAGGCCAACUUAACUGUGCGGAAGUUGCAGAAAAAGGUGGAACGCCUUGAGAAGGAACUCCAUAAAGCACACACCUCCAGCAUGGAUCUGAAAGCAAAGCUCUCCGAUACUCAUGAGCUUAAGAUUAAGACACUGGAGCAAAGUAAGACGAUUGAGGAUCUGAAUAAAUCCAUGAAGAAGCUGGAGAAGUUGAAGGAGGUGGCUAUAGGAAAGCUAAACUCCACAAAGUCAGAGCUGGACUUCACUGAAUUCGAGGCGAAGGAGGAGAAAGAUCGAGCUCGGAACAUACUGGAGGCUGUGGGCAGUGAGCUGAAAACACUCAAACAAACCUUGGAGGAAGUGGGCAAAAGAGAGAGACAGCUACUGGCUUUCAGAGAAGUUGUCUCUCGGAUACUAGGUCUAAACGUGACCGCUCUUGCACUUCCUGACUAUGAAAUAAUCAAACGGUUGGAAAAGCUGGCCCAAGCCCAUCACCCGUCCGCCAUGACUGCACUGUGCCUUGGGAACUCGACAGAUCCGAGGGUGUUGAGAGCCAGGGGACAGAGGUUGGAGAUGGGAAAGCAGCCCUGAUUCUCCAAAGCACACUCCCUUCAAACAUGACCCCUGUACUGGAGGUUCAUGACUCUAAAGUUACCUCCCUACGAAAUGUACACAGCCACUUCUUGACGUUCAAUAACACAGCAUUUGGAAUAUUUUAGCCCUUUAUAAUUUUCCACGCAGAAGUGUCAUUUAUGUAAUUUUGUGAACAAGACAAUUGAACUAUGUUUUAUAGGGAAAUAAAUUUUGUGACCGCAUUUAGAUUUAUUUUGGAGAUUAAAAUUUUUCAAUGUAAACCAAA